CCCGUUCCAUUCCGGGCUCCAAGCCCUGGGACCUGCCGCGGCGUGGCGAGUCGUACCUGGCUGCUGGUUGGACGCAUUGUCUUUGAAUUAUUUGCUGACAUUGUACCUAAAACUGCUGAGAAUUUCCGUGCGUUAUGUACAGGAGAAAAAGGAACAGGGCCUACCACUGGAAAACCUCUCCAUUAUAAAGGAUGUCCUUUCCACAGGAUUAUUAAGCAGUUUAUGGUCCAGGGUGGAGAUUUCUCAAACCAAAAUGGCACAGGUGGAGAAAGUAUAUAUGGUGAAAAAUUUGAAGAUGAAAACUUUCAUUAUAAGCAUGAUAAACCAGGUCUGCUGAGCAUGGCAAAUGCAGGACCUGGUACUAAUGGCUCUCAGUUCUUUAUUACAACUGUGCCUACUUCUCACCUGGAUGGGAAACAUGUGGUGUUUGGCCAAGUGAUCAAAGGAAUGGGUGUAGUUAAAAUACUCGAAAACGUUGAAGUAAAAGGAGAAAAUCCUGCUAAGUUGUGUGUCAUUGCCGAUUGUGGAGAGCUAAAGGAAGGAGAUGACUGGGGAAUUGUUCCCCAAGAUGGAUCUGGAGAUGCUCAUCCAGAUUUUCCUGAAGAUUCAGAUAUAGACUUGAAAGAUGUUGACAAGAUUGUGGCCAUAGCAGAAGACACAAAGAAUAUAGGAAAUACUUUCUUCAAAUCGCAAAAUUGGGCAAUGGCAGCUAAAAAAUAUAGUAAAAGUUUACGGUAUGUAGAAGCUUCUGAAGCAGUGGCAGAGGAGGCAGACAAACCAAAGUUGAAGACUGUUGCUUUGACCUGUGUUUUAAACAUUGGCGCUUGUAAACUAAAACUGUCAGACUGGCAGGGAGCCAUUGAGAGCUGUUCAGAGGCUCUUAAAAUAGAUCCUGCAAAUACUAAAGCUCUCUACAGACGGGCCCAAGGAUGGCAGGGAAUAAAAGAUCUCGAUCAGGCAUUGGCUGAUCUUAAAAAGGCUCAUGAAAUAGCCCCUGAAGACAAAGCUAUCCAGACAGAAACACUCAAAAUCAAGCAGAAGAUAAAAGCCCAAAAGGAGAAAGAGAAAGCAGCUUAUGCUAAAAUGUUUGCUUGAUUUUUUUCCUAAACAUUUAAAUCUAUGCACUAACUCAUGCAAAAGGAUAAACGGAGCUGCUUCUUUCAUUUGCUCUCUGCUGCAGUUUUCAGUGUUUACAACACAAAAAGUCUAAUAAUAAAGACAAACUAUUCAAAG